UACAACAAGCGCCAUUUUGUGCUUUGGUUGUUCUGAUAAUUAAACAUGUUGACUAAUGUGCACAGACAUUAUUUUAGGUUUAAUGAAGUUUAAAUCGAAUAAAAGAUGUUUCUUUGGAAGUAUCUGAAAUGAUGAAAUCAGAUUAAACUGAGAUCAAUAUUGAAUACAAAAUGAACGACUCGGGAGGCGUGGUCACUAUUCCCAUGCAGCCAAUGCCAGCGCCGGCGUUCCAGGCCUUCCAGCGGCCCAAUGCUCGCACGUUUCAGAGAAGAGGCCCCCAGCUGGACCCCAAGGGAGGGGCCCAAGACGGGGACAAUUCAGCGGGCCCUGUCAUGUUUGACGGAAAACGUAUGCGAAAAGCAGUUCAUCGUAAAACCGUGGACUACAAUUCAGCUGUUGUUCAGUAUUUAGAGAACCGAGUUUGGCAGAGAGACUACAGAGACAUGAGAGCUAUACAGGCAGAUUCCCUGUAUCAGAUUGAUAUCCCACCACCAAUGGCCAUGAUAAACAACUCAAUGAAUUGUGUGACCACAAAAUUCAUAAGAGCUUCUACCAAUAAAUUUAGAUGUCCAAUAUUUUGUCUCGCUUGGACACCAGAAGGGAGGCGAUUGGUCACUGGAGCCUCUAGUGGAGAGUUCACACUCUGGAAUGGACUCACCUUCAAUUUUGAAACAAUUUUACAGGCCCAUGACACUUCUUGCCGAGCCAUGCAGUGGAGCCAUAACGACAACUGGAUGGUGACCGCUGACCACUUUGGAUACAUCAAGUACUGGCAGUCAAACAUGAACAACGUGAAAAUGUACCAGGGGCACAAGGAGCCGAUUCGCGGGUUAAGUUUUUGCCCGUCGGAUAGUAAAUUUGCCACAUGUUCUGAUGACGGAACUGUUCGAAUCUGGGACUUCAUGAAAUGUCACGAAGAAAAAAUUCUUAGAGGUCAUGGAUCAGAUGUUAAAUGUGUAGACUGGCACCCACAAAAAGCUCUCUUAGCGUCAGGCAGCAAAGACAACCAACAGCCGAUUAAGUUAUGGGACCCGCGAGCCGGGACGAGUCUGGCCACCAUACAUGCACACAAAGCCACAGUGAUGGAACUGAAAUGGAACAAGAACGGGAACUGGCUGCUGACGGCUUCAAGAGACCAUCUCCUGAAAGUCUUUGACAUCCGUAACAUGAAGGAGGAGAUUCAGACAUUUAAAGGUCACAAGAAAGAAGCCACAGCUGUGGCCUGGCACCCUAUACACGAAGGCUUGUUUGUGAGUGGUGGAUCCGAUGGAGCGGUCAUGUUCUGGAAUAUGGGGUUAGACAGAGAAGUGGGGUCCAUGGAGGAGGCACAUGAAGGGAUGGUGUGGAGCUUGGCCUGGCAUCCAAUGGGUCACAUUCUGGCCACUGGGUCAAAUGACCAUUCAACGAAAUUCUGGACUCGAAACAGACCGGGGGAUAGAAUGAGAGACAGAUACAACCUAAAUACGCUGCCUGGAGGCUCAGAGCAUGAACUGGCCGAGUUUGAUCCUGAUGCCACAGCUGGACCUCUUAUACCUGGAAUGGGACAGAUUCCAAGUGGACAAGUGAUGGUCAGCAAGGAGGAAGAAAAAGCAGAAGAAGAAGAUCUACCGUCUAUACCUGGACUGGACUGGUCCGCUGAUGAAAGCUUCUUCAAGCAGCAGGAACAGCCCAGGAUGCCCAUCAAGAAGAUCCCCUAUGCUAAACCCAUACCAUGGGACUUUGAGCGGGCGUGGAUGACAAACAAGUUACCAAACGUAGAGAAGGAGGAUCCUAAACGUCGCCGCGACAAAGACUGGGACAAGGAUAAUAAUAACAGGAAGGACAGGCGUAACCGCGGCCGAGACCGAAGAAACAAUGAAGAGGACUGGCAGGAGGAAGAGUACGAGGAUGAACAGAUGAUUCCGGACAGUAACCAUGACAACAGGUUAAAUCCAGGUCAAAGGCCCAUGGGAGGAAUGAUGGGAAAUAUGCUGCCAGGAGAUAUGGGGAAUCAGAACAGAGGGCAAUUCAACCAAGGCCCAGGAGAUAUGAAUCAAGGCAGAGGGCCAUUUAAUCAAGGACCUGGAGAUAGGAAUCAAGGUAGAGGGACAUUUAAUCAAGGCCCUGGAGACAUGAGUCAAGGCAGGGGGCCGUUCAACCAAGGCCCAAUGCAGCAGAGAGAUGGUAUGGGUAAUAAUGGUCCUCCAGGGAAUAUGAACAUGCCUCCAGAUAACAUGGGUCCUGGUGGCAUGAUGCAGGGAAACAUGGGCCGAGGAGGAAUGAAUCCCGGGAACUUUGGCAAUAGGAAUCCUGGGAAUUUCGGUGGGAUGAAUAACAUGCCAUUUCAAAGUCCAGAUCAAAGGAAAAUGGGCCCCAAUCAGGGUCCGGGUCCUAUGAAUAAUCCUCCAAGAUUUCAAGGAAAUCAAGGUGGCCAAUUUGGACAAGAUUUUCAAGGUAUGAAUAACAUGCAGGGAAAUUCCUGGCGACAAAACAGAAAUCAGGGAGACAACUUCUCUGGUCCUGACAACUUCCAAGGGGACAAUGAUUAUCGCACUGACGUGGACUUCCGCCAGGACAACACGAAUCAGCAGGGAUUCCGACAGGACAACUCGAAUCAGCAAGGAUUCCGCGGUGGAAGAGGCGGGAGAUUCCAAAACCGCAGAGGGGGGGAUCAGGACGAAAGGUGGAACGACGGAUCAGGGGGACAGCAGUGGAGAAACGACCUCAACAUGCAGGAAAACUGGGGCUCCGACGGGGGAAACUUUAAUGAUCAGAACUUUGGGGGGAAUAUGGGGGGUGGAGGUGGCAGGGGUGGGAGAGGGAGAGGGGGUGGGGGCGGAUGGAAUGAGAGAAGAGGAGGUGGAACUAGAGGAAACAGAAAUGACGGGAACUUUAAUCAGUCAGAUCAGUUCAAUCGCAAGAGGAACUGGAACCAGGGACCAGGUGAUAAUGACUUUAACAGUGGACCUCGUAACAGUGGGUUCAAAGGAGGCGGGGGCCCCCAAGGGGGCUGGUCAGAUGACUCAGGGGGGCGAGGGAGGGGGAGGGGCAAUAGGGGAAAUCGCGGGUUCAGAGGAGGAAGGAGAGGGAUGUCCUAGCAUUGUGAUCUCAGUAUUUUCAUUUCAUCAUUACAUCGUUUGUCAGAUAUUUUGUUCCUUGCUCAGUCGUUUCAUUUUGUCAUCACAUUGUUUGUAAGAUAUUUUAGUUCAAUGCCUGUUUAAGACAAGCAAGAAACUUCAAUUGUAAAUUCAGUUUUUGUAUGUACAGUGUAAAUGUGAUGCAAAAUUCAAUGUUUAUAGGACUCUCUGAACAUUUUUCUACGGCUAUUUUGAGUGUAAUUUAAUGUGGACAUGGUAUAAACAUUCCUGAAAACAUAGGCAAACCUAAUUUUAAGCUGAGUGCCUUGGAAUUAAACUUUUCUUUGAAUUGAUGUAAAUACACAUACCGUUAUUUUACAGGGCUUUUUGCAUCAGUAAAACUGAAUAUUGUUUACCUAUGUUAAACUAAGUCAUUUUGCAAAGCAGUGCUACUGUAUAUGAUCUAUGUUUUUUAAUUGUAAAAAAUGAAACACAUUAAGAGACUCAAAAGUUGAUUAAAAUAAUACAAUACAACCUAAA